CAAUCCCUCUGGCCCGCGUGAAUACCGGCAGAGGUACGAAGAGUGGAAGUGUUGAUUCCAUCGGUUGUUUCAGGAAUGGGCCAGUUACACGGUGUGAAAAAGGGGGGAAUCAAUAGAGGCUGAUCGAGUCAAUGAGUGCUGUAGAUAGCAUUGCCUUACUAUAAGUAGCAUCUAGGGCUUCCGUGCCACUACUGCGUAGAGCUAAUUAUCGCAAGAUAAUUUUGGGGUCUCAUUGUCACAGCGGGCUAAGUGUUGGAACUAGUGUAUGUGUUGUAGGCCUAUUUUUCUCAUUGUGUUUACUAUCACAUCGGAUCACGUGUUAGAUCUAGAUCGAGUAUUGUGGUUUUACUGUUACAUUGGCCUAAUUAAAAGACGCUUCGCUCUUACUCGAAUUGGAUUAAGUCUUACUACAUUUACUUGUACAGAGGACUUAGUGUUGGGCGUGUGACUUGUUCUAGCAUCGGAUAGGGUUCCUACUACUGGACUGCCUGGUUUCCUUGAGUAGAUUUUUGGUUUGACUACAGUAGACAAUUCCGCCCAGCCUCGGCCAUGUUUGUGAUCUGUCCAGUUGCUGGCUGGUCAACGUUAUGUGAAGGAUGAAUGUCCACCAUUGGCUACUGGUGAUCACGUGGUUGUACCUCAUUGGUCGGACAUAUCCCAGAAGACAUCGGCGAUCAACCUGUGUGACUCACCCUCGACUGAGAGACAAAUGGCACUUCGUAGACCAGAGCAAACAAGUCUUUGUCCGAAUCAGAGCUCAUCAGAUUAUUUACAAAUAUGGCAAGUCCAAGGCCAUCAAGUACAAGUGUCUUGAGAGCCAGGACAAUAUCUACUUACUGAGAUCCAACAAAUACAAGAACGAAGAUCACGGAGUUGUCUGCCUUGCCUUCACCUAUGUAGCUGACCAUCCCAGGGCUGAGUAUGUUGUUAUAAGACUGAUUGGUCCAGGGGAUGGCACCCAGGUGUUGAGUCCAGUCGUUGUUGACCAGGAGGCUAAACUCUCCAUAGAGACAACAUGUGACCGUCACGUGGUUCACGCUGGUCAGCACGCCACCGUCGCCUACAUCCGCAGAGCUCGUGAGUACACCAUUCCCUCUGUCACAAGUGCGUCACCUGUCAUCCCAGGAUGCAAGUUCCCCCCAGAGUUACGUGGGCGGUGGAACUAUACUUACCAGCACGCAAAGUCUCUGGAAAUCUGGCAGCGGAACGCGACACUGCAUUUAAUGAGCGGAGAAAGUGUCAAGUUUAUUUGUGACAAGCGAGACGGCGGAGUCUUUGUAUUUAGGGCUAAAGAAUAUGUCAGCAGAAGUGAGGACGCCAUCAUGUGUGCAGAGUUCACUCCCAUGCCAGACGACCCUUUCUACAGCUACCAGAUGUCCAGACACAACAGUGGUAAUCUACUGGAUGGACAGUUGAGGUCAGUGUCCAAGUCUCGGCCAGUGUACGUCCAUGUUGACUGUGACUGGAUAGGAAGUCCAGCAAGACCAGAAUUUCUGUAUCCAUGAUGUGGACAGUGGACUAUGGUGUGCAGCAUGAUAAACACUGUAACUCACUGGAUAACUCACUGGAUAACUCAUUGUUUAACUCAUUGGAUAACUCAUUGUUUAACUCACUGGAUAACUCAUUGGAUAACUCAUUGUUUAACUCAUUGGAUGGAGAUAGCUAAUUGGACAACAGCAAUGUCAAGGUUACAAUAUUCGUGGACAAAGAGGGUCUCUCUCUCAAGUGAAGUACAUUAACUUUGUUAUUGAUACGAAAUCAAUACGGUGUUUGUUUUUUAUCUCUCUACAUGAUCGAUUUGAGCAUGCGCAGGACACUCGAUGCUUUCCCAGGGAGGCUGAACCCCCACGUGACUGGAUAUAGGUUUUACCCUGGAGAGUCCCAAUGAACACUACGUUUCAUGUCAUCGUGUCAUUGUGUUUAUUCCAGGACUAAAGCAAAAACCAACACAUUUAACUGUGUGUAUAGAUUCUUUCAUUAAUUACUGGCGUAGCUUUUAUUUUGUAAAUAAACUGUCAUACAUUUGAAUGUUAUGAGCUCUACAGCACUUGUGUGUGAAGAAGCCUUGUCUGUAGGCCUCUGUGUGUGUGGAAUAUAAGUUUAUUAGAACAUUGUUUAAGACUAAGACUAAUGUCUGCUUUGUGUAUGUGUGUAUACAUGUCUCGUCUAUAUGUUUAUAUUUUGGGUCUCACGGUGUCUUGUCCUCACAUUCACGUGACACCUUCUGACUGACCUUUUAACCUCUAGAAGAUGAAGCAAUGUAACAAAACAAAGAUAGCUAUGGUGAUAGAACUGUGUAAAUCAGCGGUUCUCAACCUUUUAAGCACGGCGACCCCUUUUUACAAUCUCCCACUCUGCUGGGACCCCACCUCACACACACACACUUACAGCAAUAGAAGAAUAGACAAUAACAAUCCAUAUUUUUGAUGGUCUUAGGCGACCCCUGGCAAAUCGUCAAUCGACUUCCAAUGGGGUCGCGACCCACAGGUUGAGAACCCCUGGACUGUAAACAAUUAAAAGCAUUUUUUCCCCUUUCUUCCCAGGCACUGAAAACAAAUUAAAAUUUCCAGAACUAUCCUCAGUUAUCAACACUUGCGUCCUCUAGUGUUUUGAGAGAGGCAAUCUGCCUUUUUCUUUGUCACAAAAGAACUAUAAUAUUCAACAUUCCUUGAUUCAUACACUAGGACAAAUUUGUACAAAUACUCUUUCUUCCCUAGUGCUUUGAGAGCAUUGAAUGUGUUGCCUGGGUCAGCCUGGGAAAUGAUUGAUUAGACAGAGUUUAAUUCAUUGAUUAACAUACCUGACUAGGUUGACCCAGGGACAUCCGCAGAAUGUAAAGUAAUCAUCUUCUUUUUUGAAUUAACUUCAAUUUUUUUUUUAUCAGAUAACUUCUCCCAAUCUGAAAUACCUGUUAGAAAACUAAUCUAUUAAAUAUUUCUAGGUAUUUUAGUUCUAGGCCUGUAAGAUGUUACAUCAACACAUGUUGUUGAACCUCUGACCUAGUUCUGACAAAAUCACCAUUUGAAAGAGAAAAAAAAUUGAAGUCGUAAAAUGCACGUUGAAGGAAAUGUACAUUUGCGACAUAUAGUGAGGCACAUGAACCAGGUCUCGAGAGGACUCUUCCCUCUUAAAAAAAACAAACGUGGCUUUUGUAAUGUAGAAUUCUGUAACACUGGACAAUGACUGGACAUCUGGUGUUCACCAGUUGAAAAAAUGAAAACAACUAUUUUUUUCAAUUACUGCUUCUCAAUAAUUCACUUUCUUGUACACCUGUUACACAACAGACUUUCAUUUAUGAAAAAUCCCCCUUACUUCGUAUUGCAUGGAUUUCAUGAUCAGUUAAUAUCGAUAAAGCAUGUGCUAGAAGUUUAAUGGGGAAUGCAGUAUUUCCCGUUGCUAUGCAGCCCCAGCUGCGACCUGCAUAUUUUGCCAGCGCAGGCAUGACCAUUGUCCGCCGGUGGUAGUUUAUUAAUGACGAUUGAAAUAUAUUGUGUUCAACCAUAGAGCAAAAAUAAAAAUUCCCUAUUUGUUUUUGUUAAAACACAAUUCAAGGAUUGUAGAUACAUAGAACUAACAAUCACAUUAUCUCCACCAUCAAAUGUAAGAUGUAUGUUCUAUUAUAAAGACUUAUGAAUAAAAUAUCAAGAACAUG